AUUAUUGAUUUGUUUGUUGGUUUUUAUAAAAAACACACACACACACACACACACAUCUCAGUUGAUCUAAUUAAUUUUUUGCUCAUCUUUAAUCUUUAUAAUUAUAGUCAAUACUCAAUCAUUGAUCAUCAUUGAUGAUGGCCAGAUUGUUGAUUUGGUUAUUAUUUCUGCCAUUGAUAUCAUUUGAAUCAUGUUCAUCACAAGCAUGUGGUGAUAAUUUUUUCGAUUGUGGCAAUGGACAUUGUUUGGCUAAAUUUUUCGUAUGUGAUGGUGAUAAUGAUUGUUCGAAUUACAAGGAUGAAUUAUACUGUAAUUCAUCGGAAAAUAAAACCAGUGAUGAUGAUCAACAUCGACAUUUACCAUGUCCAUUGAAUGAAUUUGCUUGUAAUGAUGCUGUUAAUAAUUGUGUACCACAACGAUGGGUUUGUGACGGCCAAAGUGAAUGUUCAAAUAAUGCUGAUGAAGCAAAUUGUUCUAAAUCAUCGAUCGAUUGUCUUGGUGAUUUCCAAUGUGGUUCAUUAGAAUGCAUCCCACCGAAAUGGCGUUGUGAUGGUGUCAAUGAUUGUUUGGAUCAUUCAGAUGAACAAAAUUGCACCACCAUAAAUGAUGCUGAUAAUGAUUUGAUAUGCGAUAAAUUACAUGAUCGUUAUCGAUGCCAAUCCAAUGGUUUAUGUAUCGAUUAUAGUCGUGUCUGUGAUGGACAACGUGAUUGCCCCAAUGGUGAUGAUGAACAGCAAAAUUGUCAUGCCGAAAAAUGUCACAACAAGAAAUGUUCGCAUAUCUGUCUAAUUGAUGAACAUAGUAAACAAGCAUUGUGUUCAUGUCCACCUGGCUAUGAAUUAAUCGACGGCCAUUAUUGUCGUGAUUAUGAUGAAUGUAUGCAACAAAAACAACAUAAUCUUUGUAGCCAUAAAUGCAUCAAUUUAGUUGGCAGUUAUCGUUGUGAAUGUUUUGGUGGCUACCAUCUUAUUGAUAAUCGUACUUGUGUCGUAGAUACCGAAUCGGGCAGUAGAAUUUCACCUGUACUUUAUUUUUCCACUGGUAACGAUAUACAUGGCUAUGAUACACGAAGGAAGAUUAUUUUUCCUGUUCUCACAUUGAAUGAUUACGAUCCAACAACGAUUAUUGCUUUGGACUUAUCCAUUGCUGAUGGUAAACUUUAUUAUUCCAUUUUUCAUAAUGAAUCUUUAUUUUCAUCCAUUUAUGAGAUACCUAUCGAUGGCCAAAUACAAGAAUAUCCCGUUGCAAAUCAGAAGAAAAAGUUAUUAUUGCAUGACAUUAAAAGUCAAAUCGAAGGCAUAUCAAUCGAUUGGUUGGCCAAACAUAUUUAUAUGACUGAAGCUAAUCGUGAAAGAAUCGUCGUUUGCCAUACCGAAUCAUUGAUCUGUACGACUUUGAUUGAAAAUCUACCAUCACCACGUGGAAUAGUUGCUGUACGUUCACGAUAUCGACUGUAUUGGACACAAUGGCAUGAUAAUAAUGGUGGUAUCUAUGAAUCACGAUUGGAUGGUAGUCAAGUCACAAAACUAUUCACUGAUGUUGCAUGGCCCAAUGAUAUCGUUUAUGAAUCGGAAACAAAUCGUCUAUAUUGGUGUGAUGGCAAAACUGGUUCAAUUGAAUAUUAUGAUUUUGAUAUUGAAAUGCGUCGUGUAGUGCACGAAGAUUUUAUCCGCCAACCAUAUUCAAUGAUCGUAUUCGAAGACACACUGUAUUGGACUGAUUGGAUUGCGAAAAAACUUUUUGCUUGCCAAAAGAUUCGUUGUCAUGAACAGGUGAAUAUCUUCACACCAACCAUCAGUAAACGACGUGGCCUUUACGGUCUGACCAUGUAUCAUCCAUUACGACAACAACAACAAACCACGAAAUCUGAAAUGAUCGAUCCGUGUGUUCGUCAUCAUCAUCGUAAUCCUUGUUCACAUCUUUGUCUAAGUCGUACGAAUGAAACAUUCACCUGUCUUUGUCCUGAUCACAUGUACCUGUCUAAUGAUCAUCGAACAUGUUUAAGUCGAUCAGAUGAUUUUCUCAUCAUAAGUACCGGUUAUCGUUUAUAUAAAUUUUAUCCUGAUUCCGCAUCCACCGAACCAUUUGAAAUGAUUACAAUGACACCAAUGUUUUUAAUCAGCGAUUUAGCAUACAAUCAUGAACGUUACGAAUUCUAUCUAUAUGACCGCCUCAAAGAUCGGAUUGUUGUGGCCAAAAUGCAACCAGAUCUUGUCUACCGGACGAUUGUUGAUGAAGAUAUCGCCAAUGUAUUUGGAUUAACCUACGAGAUUAAUAGUGAUAAUCUUUAUUGGGUCGAUAUGAUCAAAGGAACGAUGGAAGCGGUCAACAUUCAAAAAGGUUAUCGUGCCAUUCUCAAUGAUAAGCUAGAACAACCCGUUUCGAUGGCCAUCAACGCAUUGACUAAAACCAUUUUCGUUGGUCUUAAAUCAAAGAGUGCCCAGAUAUUGAUGCUGACUAUGGAUGGUCAAGUCAAACGAAGCCUGUUACGAUCGAAACAAGGUUUUCCAUUCGCUCUGGUAGCUUAUCCAUUCGAAAAUGAAUUGAUCUGGGGUGAUCCGGUGUUUGAAAAAAUUGAUUUUAUUCAUCUUGAUCAUAGCCGCUAUGAACAUCAUGGACCGGAAAAAUUGGUAGAGAAACAUGUCGGUACUGUACAAUCAAUGGCCAUUCUUAAUGACACCUUGUUUUGGACAAAUGGUGAUACACCACGUUUAUAUUGGACCAAUCUCACUUCAGCAAUGAAAAUGAUUGAAUCGAAAAAAGUACCACAUUCCAAUCUGGAUAAUGAUGUUCUCAAAAUUGUUUCUGGUUUCAAACAUAUACCAAUCUAUGAUUAUUGUCGUACGAAUAAUUCAUGUCACCAUAUUUGUCUCAUCGGUGCCAAUGGUCCUGUUUGUCGAUGCAACAUUGGUUUCGAAAGCCAAGAUAAUGGCCAUACUUGUGUACGAAAAAUUCAUUCGCUCGAUACCAAGAUUACGAGACCAAUUGUUCAUGCUAUCAAUCUUGAAGAUAUUUUCGAUUUUUUCCUUAACAAACAAAAAGAUCAAAUGUUUGACACUUGGAUCAAUGUUGAUGCCAAUACCACGGUGGCCAACACGACCACAGAUAUUGAUCAAAAUGAAGAAAAUCAAACGACAAAAUCCGACAGCCAAUCAUCAUCAUUACCACAGACCAAUGAUCAAUCAAAUGAAUCGUCAAAUUUUUUCAAACGAAAUUCCAUUUAUCUUUGGUUUAUCGCCGUUUGUAUGCUUGGUGUUUCUCUUUUGCUUUGUGUUAAAUUAAACUUAUUACCGAUUGCAAGAAUGAAUUCCAUAACCGAUCUAGCCUGUCGUCGUCGUCGUCAUCGAGAAACGGCCACUGAUAAUAAUGUGGAUGAAGAAAAUGGCAAUAAAAAUAUUCGAACUGGCCAGGUUCGUUUCUUUUCCAAUCCAAACUACCAGAUGGGUCAAUAUGGCCAACUAAAGAACAACAACAAUAAUUUGGAUAAUGAUCUAUUGAUAUCUUGAUCUGAUGAUAAUUUCAAACCCUUUUUUCUAUUUUUAUCAUUGUUAUAAAUAUAAAUAAAUAUAUGAACAUUA